AUUGGGAGUGAAACGCGCAUGCGCCGUUCGCCGCUGUCUCGUGAUUCGUGGUGGGAGGGGUAUUUUCUGCUGGUUGUUUCUUUGAGCCGUAAAAGGGGAAUUUGAAAACGUGGAAGACGAGCUGUCAAAUAUUUACUUCAUGUUGACACAGCCUUACGUAAUUUUUUUCACAACAGAAAAAUAACUCCACGUAAACCUCGAAGGAAACCACAUCUCUAUUUUAGGUAAAAUAUAACAAUGUCUACUUGGAUCAGAGAGAACACUUUAAAUUGGAUCCAGCUAAUGGCCGUGAAAGUGCUAAAGACUGGCUCGGUUCCUAAACACGUCGCGUUCAUAAUGGACGGUAACAGACGUUACGCUAACAAAAAUAGGGUGAAAAAAGUGGACGGCCACACAAAGGGGUUCGAUAAAUUAACAGAGACUCUUCAAUGGUGUCUUGAACUUGGGAUACCAGAAGUCACUGUAUAUGCUUUCAGUAUAGAGAAUUUUAAAAGGAGCGAAGAAGAAGUAAAUGGCCUGAUGGAACUCGCCAGAAAAAAGUUUCAAAAUCUACUCGAUGAGAGAGAGAAGCUAAUGGAGCAUGGGGUCUGCAUAAGAGUAAUUGGAAACUUAUCGCUGCUUCCGAAGGAUGUACAAAAACUAAUCGCAGAAGCCAUGAUCAUCACAAAAAAUAACAAUCGUGCAUUCCUUAAUGUUGCUUUUUCCUACACAUCGAGGGAUGAAAUAACUAACGCAGUCAAAGACGUUGUUGGAGGAGUUGAGAGGGGUGAUAUUCUGACGGAAGAUAUCAACGAGGAAUUAAUUUCUGAAUGCUUAUACACCAAUCAUUCACCUGAGCCUGAUCUAGUUAUUCGAACGUCUGGCGAAGUUCGAUUCAGUGACUUCUUGUUAUGGCAGACCACCUGCAGCUGUAUUUACUUCACUGAAGUUUUGUGGCCAGAAUUCACUGUGUGGGAUUUACUAGCUGCGGUGUUUUACUACCAGCGGUGUUACACAGACUUAGAAACAAUGAAAUACACAAGACGAUCGAUCUUUCUUAACAAUAAUAACAGUAAUAGUAGGGUGAACAAUUUCGUUAGUGAAUUACAGAGAGACAGGGAAAUUAUGCUUAAAAUAAUGUCUCUAGGCUUAGCACAAACGUAAUAUGAUUCAGAUAUGUAUUGAAAAAUAAUGUAGUAACAAAAUCAAAUAUUCAGGGCAUUUUAACAUUCCUGAAUUAAAUUGCUGUUGCAAUAUAUACGGCAAUUUUUACUUCAUGUUGGAUCAUUUUCUAAUAGCUGUAAUUAAUAUUUAACCUGAACAUCAUAUAUUUAUUGUAAAAUUCAACCAGAGGGGAGAAUUAAGGCUUUGUACAGUUUUUAAUCAAGCCUCAGGCUUUAACAGUCUUCGUGACUAUCCGACGAAUGAAAAUCAACUGAAAAAUGUGUAAUAAAUAAUAUAUGUCCUACAGUUUUGGAAUAAAUUCAUUACAUUCCUAAAAUAUCGUAGUUUAUUUACACUAUUAGUUAGAAAUACCAUAGAAUAGAUCAGUGUCAACAUAAAUAACAAUUACAACAAAUUUCGUAAGUAUAAGCUUAAUUCAAGUAAAUGUAUAAGAAUUUUAAUAAGCUUCGUAAAUCGCGUGUAACAUAGCAUUAAAAAUACUGUGAUAAUAACGUAUGUUAAAAUAUUGUAAAAAUAAAAUAAAAUAAAAUAACGAGCAAUCAAAUUUGAUGUGCUAUGAUGAAAACUACAUACGAUUUUAGUAAUCAUAUGUAUAUCAAAUUUUUUACUGUCAAUUUACCUAGAUUUUAAAAUAAUUUU